AUUACAACUGGGAGGUUAACAAGCAGGACAAACGCAUAUAUCUACACAAUAUUGGUUAUUUACGACCAACCUCUAUGGGACCUCUCUAGUCUACCUUUCUUUUUUAUAUAUUUAAAUCCAAGUUCAGUUUUUCAUCCGUGUGACAGUGUGGAUUCGUUAGCGUUAAUAUGCAGUAUGAAUUGUAAAGUAAAUAAAUAUAAAUUGCAUAAUUUAAAAUACUGCUUUCACAUAAAACCGGUGUAGCCUAGAGGAAACGCUUUACCUGUUUUCCUAAAGGAUAUUGACAUCCAAUUAUGAGUUUACCUAGGGGGCUCGUAAGACAAGAAGAUUAUUUAGGACUUAAAAGUGAACUUCUUCGGAAUAACAAACUAUUUGUGGAUCCUGAUUUUUCACCUGGUACUUCCUCACUUACAUUUUCUGGCGCACAGCCUCGGAUUUCAGGAGUACGGAGCGUUAUAUGGAAACGUCCCAGGGACCUGGUUGUCAACCCUAGAUUUGUAAAAGCAGGGCUUUCUAGGCAUGAUUUAUACCAAGGAGUUUUAGGAAACUGUUGGUUCAUAGCCGGGGCAGCUGUGGUAUCUACUAUACCUAAACUAUUGUUUAGAUGUGUACCAAUAGACCAAGAUUUUGACAGAGACUAUGCAGGUUUAUUUCGUUUUAACUUUUGGUGGUAUGGUAAAUGGGUGGAGGUCAUCGUUGAUGAUUUACUACCAACAGAUGGCAUGCAGCUGAUAUAUGCCAGAAACAGGAGUGAUCCGGAUGAAUUUUGGCCAGCUCUCCUAGAGAAAGCUUACGCUAAAUUGCGAGGUAAUUAUGAAGCAUUAGAUGGCGGUAAAUUACAAGAUGCCAUCGUGGAUAUGACUGGUUCAAUAUCAGAAUAUAUAGAUCUAAAAGACAAGUCCAAGAUACAAAAUAAUUUAUAUGAUCUGGUAUGGAAAAGUUAUCAGAUGAAUUCCUUAAUGGGUGCUAGUAUUCAUUUGCCGGAAAAUGCCAAAACACCAGAAGUUGAGAUGAACAAUGGUUUGUUUAUGGGGCAUGCAUACAGCAUAACAGGAAUUGCUUCGGUUCCAUACAGAGGAAAUAAUGUUCAGUUGUUACGUCUUAGAAAUCCGUGGGGCAGAUCAGAAUGGAAGGGAGACUGGUCUGAUCACUCAGAUGAGAUCAGGAACAUCUCACAAGAAGCAAGGACAAAACUUGGAAUAGUCAUUACAGAUGAUGGAGAAUUCUGGAUACCAUUUAUAGAUGUAUUAAGAAACUUUGAUGAAAUCCAAUUGUGUCACUUACAGCCAGAUUCAUUAACAUCAGAAAUAGCCAAUGAUGAGAGGAAACAAAAUUGGGAAGUAACAGUUUACCAUGAUGCAUGGAUAAGGGGACUUACUGCUGGAGGUUGUGGCAAUCAUCCAUACCAAGAUCUUUACUGGAAAAAUCCUCAGUUUUUUGUAACACUAAAAGAUGUGGAUAUUACAGACAGUUCAGGAUUAUGUACCUUGAUUGCAACUUUGACAGAGAAAGAAAUGAAUAAUAAAUCAACUGUUGCAAUAGGAUUUGAUGUGUAUAAGUUGAGAGAAUUUCAAAGGAGACCACUAGAUGGAGAAUCAGCUCCAAGAAAUGCUUUAAUUCUACGAAAAAGAUCAGGGAUUUAUGAAUACAAUCGUGAAGUAACAAGACGAUUUGAGUUAGACCCUGGUGUAUAUGCUUUAAUACCUAGUACAUUUAAGGCACAUGAUGAAGCCAAAUUUAUGCUCAGGUUGUACACAGAGAAACCAGCUGACAGUGGGUUACUAGAAGAAGAUGAUAAGAAUGAACUUCCAAAGCCAGUUAAACCUUUAGAUCCAGUGAAGGAAUUGUUUAUGAAGCAUGCCACUGAAGAUGGACAUAUCUAUGCAAAAGAAUUAAAACAUUUUCUUAGAGAAUUAUCUGCAUCAGAAUUUGGAGAAUCCAUACUGUUUAGUUUAGAGGCAGCUAGAUCUCUUGUUACACUAAUGGAUAGAAAUCGUUCUGGUGCACUUAAUUAUGAUGAAGUUGUAAAAGGAUGGAAUGAAAUUAAAGCUUACAAGAAAAUAUUUGAGCAGUUUGACAAGGAUGGGACUGCCAGUGUAGAUACAUAUGAACUAAGUAAACUUUUCAGUGCUUUAGGUCAAUAUAUAGGUUCUGGUUUUACUGUAAACAGACAGGUACAGAUAGCGAUUGUACGUCGCUAUGGAAACAGGAACAAUAAAAUCAGACUGACAGAUUUUUUGAUAGUGAUCUUUAAACUCACAUUAAUGUUUGAACUAUUUAAGGAUCAGCAGUUGAAAACCGGUGGUAAUAAUGAUGCUGCUUCAUUCACCUUAAAUGAAUAUCUGUACUACACAAUGUACUGCUGACCAACUGACCGACCAAAACAUCAGAAAUCCAUGAGGAUAACUCUACAAAUAACAUUACAAUGAAUUUUGUUUGUGCAAAGACUUUUUUUUCUAGAAAUGGCAGCAAGUUUUAAGCUUAUAUUUUUACAGCCUUACCAUGUGUGUUAUCGUCAAGUACCAAUAGUUAUAUUGUGUUUUCAUUUUCAAAACUAUUCUUCUCAGAUUUUUAGCCCAAAUUUGAUGACCGAGUUUUCAGAAAGUAUCUCAAUUUUUUUUUAAGGUAAAACAGUUAACAUUCAUCGAGCAUAUUUUUCUGUCAAAUAUUUUAAUCAAAUGAAUCGCGUCGAUCAUUCUUAAGUUAUCCUGAUCAGCAUUAUAUAUAUUAAACUGCCUUUGACCAAAUCAACAUUUUAUAGAUUAGAAUAUUAUUAAUUUGUUUAUUUAAACUAAUUUGAUUAGUUUAGGGAUAGUCACAUGUUAAAACUAUAUUUUCGAAGGAGGAUUACAAAAAAGCAUAUUGCAUGGUAAUUUUAAGAAUAUCUUAAAACAGGCAAACUUUGUGACGUCCUGUUAUGAAUUUCCUGAUAUGGUUUAAACUUUUAUAAAAAAAUAUCUUUGAUCUAUUAUUUGAAGAAAAAAAAUCUUCAAUUACAUAAGAUUUAAAAAUUAGAAUAAAGAAUAGAGCUAAAUGAAAUAACAACUUAUAUGUUGUUUAUGUCUAGUAAAAAUAUGAUAUCUAUAUAAAAUUACAGAAAAAUCAAAGGAUGAUUUUGUUAUAUUUCUUGUAUUGACCUCAGGCAAAGGCUAUAAUUGUAUAUUGUCCUCCUUUUUCAACAACUGGCAUUAACAUCAAUAAUACAUGUGGUUAACUCUAACAUUGGCUGGAAUGAUGUCAAUAAAACUUGAUAGGACAUUAUGCUUGGUAUUUAUGUUCUUUGAUUUGUUGAUCUAUUAUAGAAAGCUGAGUAUUUUAAGUGAUACAGGCACAUUGAAACCUUUAUUGUAGAAUCUCUUAAAAUCUGCUUAUUAAUAUACAUGUAGUAAGUUUUUGUUAUUGUUUUAAUUUAUGCAAUAAUGAAUAUAGCAAUAGGUGCAACUUUGAAAUGAAAAACAAUGAAUUUUUAAUAGAACAAUUUAUUUUAUAUGCAUGAUUUAUAAAGGGAAUAGAUGCUGAAUGUGCAUUUAAUUAUAAAAUUUUUAUUUUCCUUUUUUCAUUAAAGUAUGUUAUUGUUUUG